CAGCUAUUCUGUUGUAUUCUCUUUCUCACUCCCUCCCCUCUCUCACUCACACUCUUGCUGGAGGCACACCAAUACCGUUCUGCUGAGAAGAAAAAGCCCACAACUACCGUAAGCGGUUAAGACAAUAUGCGCAACCCUCGCCUUUCAUAGCCACCACUAUUUAAAUCUGGCAAGAGCCAACACCAGUCUUUGCAAGAAUGGAGUCGGUAAAACAAAGGAUUCUGACCCCAGGAAAAGAGGGGCUAAAGAAUUUUGCUGGAAAAUCCCUUGGCCAGAUCUACAGGGUACUGGAGAAGAAGCAAGACACCGGGGAGACCAUCGAGCUGACGGAGGAUGGGAAGCCCCUGGAGGUGCCAGAGAAGAAGGCUCCACUCUGCGACUGCACCUGCUUCGGCCUGCCGCGUCGCUACAUCAUCGCCAUCAUGAGCGGCCUGGGCUUCUGCAUCUCCUUCGGCAUCCGCUGCAACCUGGGCGUGGCCAUCGUGGACAUGGUCAACAACAGCACCAUCCACCGCGGGGGCAAGGUCAUCAAGGAGAAAGCCAAAUUCAACUGGGACCCAGAAACCGUGGGGAUGAUCCACGGUUCUUUCUUUUGGGGCUACAUCAUCACCCAGAUUCCGGGCGGCUACAUCGCGUCUCGGCUGGCCGCGAACAGGGUUUUUGGAGCUGCCAUACUUCUUACCUCUACUCUGAAUAUGCUAAUCCCAUCAGCAGCCAGAGUGCAUUAUGGGUGUGUCAUCUUUGUCCGGAUAUUGCAGGGGCUUGUUGAGGGUGUCACCUACCCAGCAUGUCACGGGAUAUGGAGUAAAUGGGCUCCUCCUCUAGAGAGGAGUAGAUUGGCAACCACUUCCUUUUGCGGUUCAUAUGCUGGAGCUGUAAUUGCAAUGCCUUUAGCUGGUAUUCUUGUGCAGUAUACUGGUUGGUCUUCAGUAUUCUAUGUCUAUGGAAGCUUUGGAAUGGUCUGGUACAUGUUUUGGCUUUUGGUGUCUUAUGAGAGUCCUGCAAAGCAUCCUACUAUUACAGAUGAAGAACGUAGGUACAUUGAAGAAAGCAUUGGAGAGAGUGCAAAUCUUUUAGGUGCAAUGGAAAAAUUCAAGACCCCAUGGAGGAAAUUUUUUACAUCUAUGCCUGUCUAUGCAAUAAUUGUUGCCAACUUCUGCAGAAGCUGGACAUUUUACUUACUGCUUAUCAGUCAGCCAGCAUACUUUGAAGAAGUCUUUGGAUUUGAAAUCAGCAAGGUUGGCAUGUUAUCUGCUGUGCCACACUUAGUAAUGACAAUUAUUGUGCCCAUUGGAGGACAGAUUGCAGAUUUUCUAAGAAGCAAGCAAAUUCUUUCUACUACUACAGUAAGAAAGAUCAUGAAUUGUGGUGGUUUUGGCAUGGAAGCAACCCUGCUUCUGGUUGUUGGCUAUUCUCAUACUAGAGGGGUAGCGAUCUCAUUCUUGGUACUUGCAGUGGGAUUCAGCGGAUUUGCUAUUUCUGGUUUCAAUGUUAACCACUUGGAUAUUGCUCCGAGAUAUGCCAGUAUCUUAAUGGGCAUUUCAAAUGGUGUUGGCACGUUGUCAGGAAUGGUUUGCCCCAUCAUUGUUGGUGCAAUGACAAAGAAUAAGUCACGCGAAGAAUGGCAGUAUGUUUUCCUGAUUGCUGCCCUGGUCCACUAUGGUGGAGUUGUAUUUUAUGCAAUAUUUGCCUCAGGAGAGAAGCAACCCUGGGCAGACCCUGAGGAAACAAGUGAAGAAAAGUGUGGAUUUAUCCAUGAAGAUGAGCUUGAUGAAGAAACAGGGGACAUUACUCAAAAUUAUAUAAAUUAUGGUACCACCAAGUCUUAUGGUGCCACAACACAGGCCAAUGGAGGUUGGCCUAAUGGUUGGGAAAAGAAGGAGGAAUUUGUACAAGAAGAAGUACAAGACUCAUACACCUAUAAGGAGCGAGAUGACUAUUCAUAACAAAGCUAAAUGCUGGAUUUAUUUUUAGUGUUUGUGAUUAAAUUAAUUGUGAUUGCACAAAAAUUUAAAAAAAAGUGGUGUACACACGUAAACAUAUCAACCAGGCAAGUCUUGCUGUAAAAAUGAAUCAAAACAAACUCAUGAAGUUACCAUCAAGUGCAAUCUGUAGAAGUUGUGAAAUGCCAUCAUUUCCAUUCAGGCCAUCCAUUUUUGCGUUUGUGAUUUAAAGGUUGACUGGUCAAAAUUGUAGAAGCGAAUAGUUACUCAUUGGAUUCAUGUGAGCUAAAACUCAUCCCCAUUUAAUAAAGCACAACUACGACAGUUGGCACAUCCCAUCCUACAAAGGUUAGGAAGCCAAAGCUACUUGAUCAUGCAAAAUGCACUUAUAUAUUUGUUACCCUGUAUUGCAAGAUAUCCUGCAGAAGUCCUGUUAAGAAACCUGAGGAUGUCACGUUGGCUGGAUCAGGUGGUGGCAAUGUUUA